CUGGCUCAUUUUCUGCAAGCCAGAGUGACAGUCUGCUCUAACGUUCCUGGGAAAAUCGGAAGGCAACUCUGCUGCUACGGCUCCUACUGCUGUUGCUGCAGGCCAAGGUGCUGGCCAAGUCUAGCCUGUUAACUAGAGCGGACUUUCAGCUAUAUAGGUCUGAGGCACCAGUCUGUAGCCGCUUGGUUUACCAGCCCAGCCCCCCUAUGGAAGAAAUGGAAGAGGAGUUAAAAUGUCCGGUGUGCGGUUCUUUCUAUCGAGAGCCUAUCAUUCUGCCUUGCUCUCACAAUUUGUGCCAAGCGUGCGCCCGCAACAUCCUAGUUCAGACCCCGGAGUCUGAGUCUCCCCAGAGCCGUCGGGCCUCGGGUUCUGGGGUCUCUGAUUAUGACUAUCUGGACAUGGAUAAGAUGAGUCUGUACAGCGAAGCGGACAGCGGCUACGGCUCCUAUGCAGGUUUCGCCAGCGCCCCCACCACUCCAUGUCAGAAGUCUCCCAACGGAGUCCGAGUGUUUCCCCCGGCCAUGCCACCGCCUGCGGCCCACUUGUCAGCAUCUCUGGCCCCAGUGCCUCGCAACUCCUGCAUCACUUGUCCACAAUGCCACCGUAGCCUGAUCUUAGAUGACCGGGGAUUGCGCGGCUUUCCUAAAAACCGCGUUCUGGAAGGGGUCAUCGAUCGCUAUCAGCAGAGCAAAGCAGCGGCCCUCAAGUGCCAGCUCUGCGAAAAGGCUCCCAAGGAGGCUACAGUAAUGUGCGAACAGUGCGAUGUUUUCUACUGCGACCCAUGUCGGCUCAGAUGCCACCCGCCAAGAGGACCCCUGGCUAAACACCGACUGGUGCCCCCAGCCCAAGGCCGGGUUAGUCGGAGGUUGAGUCCCCGCAAAAUUUCCACCUGUACAGAUCAUGAGCUGGAAAACCACAGUAUGUACUGUGUCCAGUGCAAGAUGCCUGUGUGUUACCAGUGCUUAGAAGAGGGCAAACACUCUAGUCAUGAAGUCAAGGCUUUGGGGGCUAUGUGGAAGCUCCACAAGAGCCAGCUCUCCCAGGCUCUGAAUGGGUUAUCAGAUAGAGCCAAAGAAGCAAAAGAAUUCCUGGUGCAACUGAGAAAUAUGGUUCAACAAAUCCAGGAGAACAGUGUUGAAUUUGAAGCCUGCCUGGUAGCCCAAUGUGAUGCUCUAAUUGAUGCUCUCAACAGAAGAAAAGCUCAGCUGCUUUCCAGAGUAAACAAGGAACAUGAACACAAGCUGAAGGUUGUACGAGAUCAGAUAUCCCACUGCACAGUGAAAUUGCGGCAGACUACUGGUCUCAUGGAGUACUGCCUGGAGGUUAUCAAGGAAAAUGAUCCCAGUGGCUUUUUGCAGAUUUCUGAUGCACUCAUUAGAAGAGUGCACAUGACUGAGGACCAAUGGGGAAAAGGGACUCUUACGCCAAGGAUGACAACAGACUUUGAUCUGAAUCUAGACAACACACCUCUGCUGCAGUCCAUCCACCAACUUGACUUUGUACAAAUGAAACCUUCCUCUCCAGUGCCAGCAGCCCCUCUUCUACAGUUGGAGGAUUGUUGCACACACAACAACAGUGCUACAUUGUCAUGGAAACAGCCACCUUUGUCAGCAGUGAUGGCAGAAGGAUACAUUCUGGAACUGGAUGAUGGAAAUGGUGGUCAAUUCAGAGAGGUGUAUGUUGGAAAAGAAACAAUGUGCACAGUGGAUGGUCUUCACUUCAACAGCACAUACAGUGCUCGAGUCAAGGCCUUUAACAAAACAGGCGUCAGCCAAUACAGCAAGACCUUGGUCCUUCAGACAUCUGAGGACACAGAUUCUGAAGAACAGACCCUCGCUUUUCCAUCUCCUUCAGAAAGAUUACAGCUUCGUAGGAUGAGUCCUUUCUCAUCAACCCUUAAUCUACAACCCAACUUUUCUGGAAGAUCCUGCUUUGAUAUCAGAUCCUCAUCCCACCAGCUGAGUUUGCAUUCUUCUUUACAGUCUCUGAAUGUAUCGGGAUGCAAUUUUGAGACACAAUCACCACCUUACUCUCAACUGGUUGAUAUUAAAAAAAUGGUGGCAGUUGCCUGGUUUGCAUUUGACCCUGGUUCUGCGCACUCGGACAUUAUUUUCUCCAAUGACAACCUGACUGUGACCUGCAGUAGCUAUGAUGAUCGGGUUGUGCUAGGAAAGACUGGCUUCUCUAAGGGAGUUCAUUACUGGGAGCUGACAGUUGAUCGUUAUGACAACCAUCCAGAUCCUGCUUUUGGUGUAGCCUGCAUUGAUGUGAUGAAAGAUAUCAUGUUAGGAAAGGAUGACAAGGCUUGGGCAAUGUAUGUGGACAAUAAUCGGAGCUGGUUCAUGCACAACAACUCACACACCAACAGAACUGAGGGGGGGAUCACAAAGGGAGCCACAGUUGGAGUCCUUCUUGACUUAAAUAGAAAAACCUUAACAUUUUCAAUCAAUGAAGAUCAACAAGGUCCUAUUGCCUUUGAGAAUAUGGAAGGUCUAUUUUUUCCUGCUGUCAGCCUGAACAGGAAUGUACAGGUAACACUUCAUACCGGACUGCCAGUACCUGACUUCUACUCCAGCAGGGCAUCAAUAGCGUAACAAGAGCUCUGCUCAGAAGCCAGCUGCCUUUAUUCAUCCCUAGUUGAAAGUUGCUAAAUUUAUUCAACAUCAGACCUGAUGACAGUAAGGGGAAAAAAUUGGACAGUUAACAGUUUGUUAAUAUCAGAGAGAAGUUGGAAAAAUAAAGCUGGUCUUCUACAUUCUUUGUAUUCUAUAACUCUGCCAUGUAUCCUCUCAAUAUCUCCAGUGUUAACAUGUCUGCAUUGGCUUUGGUGUUUAGCUCUUUUGAUCAAUAAUGUAACUAGAUAUACUGCAGUGUUACUCUGUGUCCAAUUUUAGGUUUUUUGUUAUUUCAUUUGGGCUUUAAUUUGGGUGAGCUAUUUUCUCUACAUGAUAGUGCUGCCAUGCUAAGAGAAAAUGUUUAUGCUUACUUUCCCCAAGUUUUCCCUCAAAUAAUGUUAUACUGUAAAGAAGAAUGACUCUAAAAGACAUUUGGAAGCUGUGGCUACUUUGUUCCCUAUUGAGCUCUGUGUAGGUACUCGUAGAUUGCACCAAGUAUCAGAGCAUAACUUGGGCAAGGUAACUAAGGUUACCAAGGAAGGGUGAUCUGGAUAUUUUCACAGGGCUUUGAUAUUUGGAAGGGGCAAAAAUAAUAAAUAAUUUUAAAUGGUUGCAAUUUUAAAUUUUCUUACAUCUCAAUUUUUUAUAAUACCAUUGCUCCUUCUGCAUAUAGAAACAAUAAGUAGUUAAACUAGGAAGCUGCCAGAUAGCUUGCUUUGUUCCAUUGACUGACAGAAAGCAAGUCUGCUCUUCCUGCCCAGGUUAUCCUGUUAUCCAAUGGCCUCCCCAAUAUUAUCCUUGUGGUAUCCUGAUAUCUCCCUCUAUGGUCUCUGUUGCUCUUCCAUAUGGUGCAUUCCAGUAGUAUCUAGGGCUUCUUUUUCCACAAAGCUCUCUCCUGAAGUUUCCCCACAGAGUGGUACUGGAUUCUACCCCCACCUCCACCAUGAGGGAACCAGUCCUCAGUAUUUCUCUGUUCAUGUAGCAGUGCCCUGAAAGGUUCCAUAACAUACCUAGUGUUAGGGUCUCCUAUUCCUACAUUUAAUUUGAGAGUACAUUUAGUGAUGCUUGCCCUGGGCUCCAAGAUUGCUAGUUAUGACUCUACCAAGCACUAAAUGAUUUUGCUAUAAAUUAGCACAAUAUCAUCCAUAUAAAAAUAAAGCUUUGUGUUCUGUCCAGAACCGUGUAAUUAGAACAACUAGCCAGUCUUUGAAACAAGUCUAAUUUUUUUGUGUGAUGGAACACAGUAUCAGCAGAAUGUGACUAAAGUUAAAUCAAACAAGAACAGCCUUUCAUUAAAGUUGCCACAAUAGGACAGCAAUAACUGCUACCAUGUUAGGCCAUACAUGCAUUUUCAUUUCUUUUGUCACUUAUUAUGCCCCUACGGGAACUGUGCAUUUGGAACUGGUCCAAAUGAUAUUAGUACUCCAAUAUGUCAAAAAUGCAAAGAAAGUCCAGCCUUAAAACAAUAGCUCUGCGAGGGUACUUCUUGUUCUUUCUGUUGGAGAGAAUUUGCCAGCUAAGGAGCUUUUCACAUUAUCCACAGUCCAUCCAUAGAAAAUUCACAUUCUCCAUAGAAUAUCUCAAAUUGUAAUCCACAUUAUUCACAUUCUCAGGAAUUUGCUUUUUUGACAUUAUACUUUUACCCAUUUCCCCAUAUCUACUAUAUAAAAAUUUUAGUUUACUCUGCUAUCAAUCACUCACAACUUAACUUUCUGGGAGAAAUCUGACUAGGGGAAAAAAUUAGACUACUGUUAUGUAUGACUCCAGAAUCUUAACUCUUACUAUUUCUGUAUAGAAUUAAUUGCAUGAUACUUGCAAUGACACUUCUUUGGUUUUCUUCAUUUCAUAAAACAUGUUAGCAAACUUUAAGAAAUGGGGGAAAAGUUAUGUUUAGUUGUACAAUGAUUUAUUUGCCAAUGUAUCAAGAAGUUCAAUCAGUAAUGGAUUCAAAUGGGGAAAUGGCAAAAUGAAAUUAGCUAACACAUUAGUGUUAUAGAAAAAAAGGCUGUAAAUAACCACUUUUAACAUUCACUUUUUACCUGUUACAUUGUUCUUCAAGUUUAAAUUGGCCUAAUGUAUUGAAUGGGUGCUAUUUUGUUUACAUCCAUUUCAGUUUUUCUUCGCUACAGAAAAACUCUGUUGCAGGACAACACUAGUUUGAUAUUUGUUUUAAUUUCCAAUUAAUCUCAAUGGCUGGACCACUAUACACUCAUAGUGACCGUUCUUUAUGGAAUUGUUUCUGCUGAUUAGAUUUCUGGUACUCUUAACACAUUGUUUAUGUUGUAUUGUGUUUGUAGCUGCAUAAGAAAUUAUCAUACUUACCAUUCCAAUAAAUAACUUUUAUGA